AUGCAAUAUACUUCAUCAAUCCUUCUUUUGGCCUUCGCUGCCACCAAUGUUCUCGCCCACGGUGUCGUCACUGAAGUCCAGGGUGCCAACGGUGUUAACAUGCCAGCCCUCUCUGUCGCCGAUGGAACUCCUCGUGAUUGCCCAACCCCAGGUUGCGGUUCUGAGGCUGAUACUUCCAUCCUCAGAGCCAAUGAGAUGGGUACUUCCAAGGCUUCUGCUCUUGGUCGCACUGCCACUGGUCCAGUCAGCGCUGCCAAGAUGAUCUCCAUGUUCAUGGGCGGCGAUGCCAACAGCACCGCCGCUGUUGCAGCUCGUGAAAUUCACGCUGCCAGCAUGCACAGACGCUCCCUCGUUGUCCGCGCCGCUGAUGGCGGUGCCAAGACUCCAUCCGGUACUUCAGAGACCGGUGUCAAGGCCGCUAUGGGUGCCGGUGCCACAGCUGGCAUGCCAACCUGCGCUGAUGACGGAACUGUCAAGAUGACCUUCCAUCAAGUCAACCAAGAUGGUGCCGGACCAUUGACCGCAAUGGUCGACGCCACUUCCGGUGGAACUGACCCAGCUGCUUUCAAGAAGGCUGCAGUUACCCAGAACGUUCCAGGUAUCGGUAUCGGUGGUCUUUCUGCCGCUCAAACCACCGAUUUCCAAAUGGCUGUUCAAAUGCCAGCUGGUAUGACUUGCUCCGGCUCUGUCGGUGGCGCCUCCAACGUCUGUGUUGCCAAGGUCCAGAACAGCGCUCUCGCUGGUCCUUUCGGUGGAUCCGUUGCUUUCACCCAAUCCGCUGGUGCCAAGAAGCGUGCGAUCGAGUACAACCUCAGCAAGCGCCGCUUUGCCCGUGCUCUCGCUGCCGAAUCCGAGUAA